AUGUUACUGUCUCCCAAAAUACGACGAGUGUUACCGCCGGCACCGGUCGUCGCCGACGUCCUUACCGUUCCGUCCGACACUGCCACGGUAGUCCACACGGCCCAGAGUCUCCUCGCAUCGACGGACGUGUACGCCUGCGGUGGAAUGCACCACCACAACAACAGUAACAACAACACCACGACGCAACGCUGUCUCGUUACCCAUCCCAGUCAACCGCUCUGUGCCUACGUACUCCUCGAGCCCGUGACGUCGCACCACAAUGGUACGACCAACAACAACAAUAACGAUACCAGCAACACUGCCAACCACAACAACAGUAACAAUCACACUCUCGAUUCCAUUGCCUACACAUCGCACCGACGUCUUUGUGUGCAAAACACCCACACCAAGCAGAUUGUUUGGAGUCUCGCCUUGGCCGAUUUGGUCGUUCUCCUCUACGGAGACACCGCCGCGACGAAACUUCCCGCCGCCGUCCAACGACUCGGUCACGUGCGUUCCCUCCAAUUCAUGGACGCAUCCACUCUCUAUUGGACCGGCAUGCACCACGACGCCGACCAACACCCCGACUGGGAAGACCACAAUGGCCACACCAUGCACAACACACGACAGAUACCCGCAACGCUCCUCGUCCACUUUUCUCAACGCGUACUCAUGUUCCGUUUGCGACGCCACGGGGAAGCGCGACACGUGGUACCUCACCACGCUCACCUCCAUCGACACGUACUCAUGGAUUUGCACGAAGCCACCCUGGGCGGACACGGUGCCCUGCCCUCGUCCAACGUGCUACCCUUGACCUCCUCCUUUUUACUCCUCGGCUGCGCCGACGGAUCUUUCAAAUGCUACGACUGGCGACGCAAAACCGUGGUCAAGUCGAUCAAGGGAUUGGGCAAGGGCGAUUGGAUCGUGGCUUGUCACGCCGCCAAUCCCUACAGUACCACCGUGGCGUCACACCACACACCCGCCGACCCCGCCGCUCCCCGCCGCCGACGAAUACUCACCUUGACACAAAAAGGCAUGGCCUACCUCAUCGAAAUUGAAAUUGACCCGGCGAAACGACACUUGGAAAUCAAACCCCCACUGGCACGGUUUGUGGGCGGUCUCGCCGAACUCGGAACCCUGCCCCCCAUGGAACACACUUUGCUCUCCUACGACCCGCAUCGCGACUGGGUCACCUGGAUGCAACCGGCUACCAAAAAGGAACCAUGUUCCGUCUGUGUUUGGAAUUUAUCGAGUCUGCGGGACGAUUUCGUCGGCAAGGAUCCUCCCACGCUCGCCAAACCGGAGCCCAACCUGACCAUCCAAUUCCCUUCCACCGACCACGCCUUGACCUUGACGUCGGCCGUAACGCACACCGCGUUUGGCGCCGACGUUCUCGUGUGUGCCGUCGUGACAGCCCACGGCGACGUCCACGUCAUGGGCGCCCUCCUCCGGGAGGCGGUCGCGGCGCCUCUGCGUACCCUCGCCACCCCGCUCGUGGCCUUUCGGUUGCCCGAACUCCUCCAAUACGAUGCCGGCUGGGACACGCGGCCGGUACUGCGUGUGCACGCAAUCCAAACCCGGAAUCUCUACGCCACCGAAUGGAUCGUGGCCACGAAUUUAGGGUUGAUCGUCCUGGACUUACCCGUGGGUGUCCGGCACGGGGCUCCCCAUUUUCAUUUCGGAGCCGGACUCGGGAGUCUCGGAAAGAGCGUAUUGUCUAUACAGCAAUCCAACGUCGUGUACGGAUCACUCGAUGUCCUCAAGGCCAAUCCGGUCGGGCCCAUGCCGUUCCGCAAUCCUACCGUUCUGUACGAAUCCCCAGUGGCCAGUCACAUGCCUCCCGCGUACACAAAACGCCCAUUUCGCACCGCUCCCGUGUUCCUGUCCAGUCCGUCCGGCACUUACCUGUCCCUCUUUUGGCCUUGGGAAUUUCGGUACGAAAUUCUGCACGUGCCGACCUUGUUGCAAAAAGUGGGUCAACGCGGUCAUCACGGUGGCGGUCCGGGCAAUACGCCUAGUCCGGUGGUAGCCAAGGGUCAAGUCGUGGCCGAUUUUGCCUGGGUGGGUGACGACGACGUGUACGCUGUCCUCCACGCACCGGAACUCUUCGCCCGAACCGUGCCGCUUUGGGUGCCGCCGAUGGAAGAAGGCCACACCGGUGAUGGUACACUGAACCAGUUGCAGCAAGUGGCGAACCUGUCGAAUCUCAAGGAUCUCCGAUCGUACUCGAAAAGCGUGGCCAAACUGGGGGCUGGAAUUUCCAAAGGAGCACGGACCGCCACCAAGACUGUCACGACUACGGCAACGGGUGCUUUUUCUCAGAGCGCCAAAGCUGGUUUGAGUGCAACGACUGCAACUUCCAAGACUCUUACCGGAUCUGCCAAAAAAAUUAACAAAGGCCUCAAAAAGGCUACGUUUGGUCUCUUCAAGGGAAAGAAAAAGAAAAGUGAGGAAGAGAGUUUGGGAUUCACGGCGGACGACGAUGAAGAGGACGAAAUCGAAAGUCAAGGUGUUGCGUCAAUGACACUCGAAAUGCAGGAACAGAUGCUUUCCGAAACGAAGGGGACGUUAAAAGCCGUGGACGAAGAAGCUAUGAAGAACUACGUGGAAUUACAUCAAUUAAUAGCGGUCGAUUCGCCAGCUUCCGAACUGAGUGCUAGUGUGGCUGCAGCUACGAGUAGUAACUUGGGGGAGCUUUAUCUACGAGGAGGAAAUAGGAUCCCCACUGUUCUUUUCGGAGGGCCAGUCCUUUGUGUGGGAAGUAAAACCGACGGGGAAAGCGAAGGACAAGCGUACUUUUAUACCCGGAAGGCCAGCGAAUCAGACGAGCACGCUGAGGUCUACACCACGUCCGGCCCUGCCUUGCCCUGUCCCGACCUUUGUGUAUGGGACGACGAUGUGUACAUUGUCUUUCUCGGGAAUACGGAAGCCGGAGUCUACAGUGUGGACUCAUUCCUGCUUGCAUCCACAGAUGUCGUGGCUUGGCCAGAUCAGAGUCAUGGGGACGAAGACGAACCUUUGGCCCCCUGUGCAGAGUCUCUACCGCUUGUCCAGCCUGUGGUGCUUGGAUACCAAAGUGGCAGCUUAAUGGUAUCAACAGCGCGCGGUGUAAACGCGAUAUCUUUAUCUCAUCCUUUACUGCGAAUUGGGACGUUGUUAUCCGCGGGCCAGAUUGAUCGAGCCGUCAAUUGGUUUGAAGCGGUGGCGAACUCGCGACACGAAGCUCUUGGUAAAUUUUUGGAGAGACGAGGUUUGCCCAACUUGGCUCUCGAGUUGCCAGGAAUAUCUCUCGAAACUAUCGUGGACAUUAGCAUGAGAUUUGGCUACAUUGAUCGACUAGAAGAAGUCGUCGAGACCUAUGGCGUAAAAGGAAUUCGGGCUAUUGACCUUGGACGAGGCGUGUCGACGAACAUUUUCGGCCCCCUAUCGGACUCAAACAGCCUUGUGGUGUGUGUUGGAGCAUACCUCCUUGCUCAAGGUUCCGUCGAAUUAGUUCGCCGUCUUGCCUCUGAGUGUCUUCGUUCCGGAGAAGAUGGAAGGAAGGACGCCCUGGUCCUCGGAGCACUUUUGCUAUCGGUCAACGAGGCAGAUGCUACUCGCCUGAUUCAUCGCGCGGUUGAGCAACCUAGUCCAGACUGGACAAUGGGAAAUUUUGUUCGGGAUUUUAUUCUCACCGACGCCAUGCGCCGAUCGUAG